AUGGCAUUAUCACAUUACAAUUCACCAAUAAACAAUUCAUUUUUAAUAAAAUGUGAAUUUAAUGGUGAUAUCAAGCAAUUGUUAAUGGAUUUAAUAGAUCAAAUACCCAUAAUCCAUCAAAACAAUUAUCCAAAUUCAAAUUUAAACAAUUGUUUAAUCAUAAUAUCAACAAGACAUCAAUCAAUUGAUGAUUAUUUAUUAUUAAACUCUGAAUUCUAUAAAGUAUCACAAUCAAUUCAUUUCCCAUACAAGUAUCAAUUAACUCCAUUGCAAACAUCACCAAAACAUAUAAUGAUUAGAUUAUUUCAAAAUAAUAAAUCAUUGGUUAGAUUGAUUCAAAAUUAUAAAUCUAUUAAUAAUGAUAAUAUCACUUCAAUGGAAUUAAUUGAAUUGGUUUUAAAAUUAAUUCAAGUUUAUAAUGUGGAUGUUGAUGAACAUGAUGUUAUGGAAUUGUUACAGAGUUAUAGUAAUAUUAGGGAAUUGGUGAAGGAGAUGAUUGACGAUAGUCAAUGA